AUGAAAAGAAGAUUCACACUGAGAAAACGUCCGCAAAGUAUGGAAUUUUUCACAAAUGAUACCUCGCCACUCAAAAGUUCAUCAAGAUUUAAACUCGUCACAAUUUUAAGAAAAUUAAACCGCAAAAACACUCCACCCCCUGGCUCUUUAGAAGAAGAUUUCAUGCUAGAAAACCAAAACGACAAUGCAAAUUUUUUGCAGCCAAACGUCCCUAUGGAUAUCAAAAUUGGCCCUAAAUUCGACGAAAGAGGUGAGCCAAUUCGCCAUUCAUUUGUAGGCCCUCCUCAGCUUUUUGCCUCAUCACAAAGGCAUAAAUGGAAAAAGCAUUUAUCUAUCAAAGAUACUUACAAUUCUCCAGAACAAAUAAAGAAGAUCAGGACUAAAGUAAAAAUUGACCCAGAGGACAAAAUUCGUAAUCAAAUAAAAAUGAUUAAUGAAGGAAAACGAAAGGAAGAAGAAAUUGAGAAAAAAAUGCUUAAAAGCAUGAGUGUUGGGGAAAGGCUGCUUACUCCCCCCCCCCCUCCGUGAGUGAACAAAACCAUUAGAAAAAUCCUAUUUUUUGCCCAAAAACCCACCUUCCGUGAGUGAACAAAAAUUUUUUAUGGAAAAAAUUUUUAUAUAUAAAUGAUAAUUAGUAUAAUGAAAUCUAGAGCUAAUUCUGUUUAAUUUUAAACGAAUUGCUUUUUUAAAACAUAAAUUUUAUAAAUUAAAUUAAUAUUUGCUUUCAAAAUUUUGCGAAUUAGGGUUUUUUUAAAUUUUCGAAAAAAAACAAUUUUUUAUAAAAUUUAUAUAUAAAUUUUUUAAAAAAAAAAAAUUAACCCCCCUCCGUGAGUGAACAAAAUUUUUUUGUUCACUCACGGAGGGGGGGGAGUUAGCGAAAGGGAAACAAAAAUAAUGAAAACCUAUGACUCAACAAUUAGCUCUUGGAAUAAAAUUGAAAAUGGGCUGAUAAAAAAGACUAAUAAAAAUUAUGAAAGUUUGCUGACAAAUCGAGCUAUGGAAUUUAGAGAAAAGAGAGAAAAAUACAGUUUAGUCGAAAAUUUAGUGAAUGCAGGUGAAAAUUCAAAUAAUUACGCAUGGGUGAUGUCCCUAAGACAAAGCUCGCUUGAUAAAUAUCCUAGUACAUUUUUAAAAGUUGGAGUAGAUUUAUAUACAUGAGUUUGCAUGAGAACUAACUCAAGCGAGCCAAUAAUCAGAAAUCCACAAGGCCGAAGGAGUUCUUCAAAAACCUUCAGAGAUUACCCAUACUGCCAAAGCAAAGUUGAAGAAGCACACAAAAUUCUCGGUGACAAAAGCCCAACAGAAAUUGACCAACUUCAAGUUAUAGGGACCUCAAAAUUCCCUAUAGAGCUUGAAGCCGCCAAAACCGCUGGAUUUUCCAACGUCAUUAUAAACGACCCCGACACUCAUCUCCCUGACGAGGUUAUAGAAGAAUUUUAUGAUAAAAAAUUCAAAUUAAGGAAAUAUUAA